UAAGGUUUUUAGAGUUUAAAAUAUUUUUAAAUUUAUUCGAUUUAUCUGUUUUAAUUAUUAUUUGGUUAGUUUAUUUGCCAAUUAAAUUGUCUAUUAUAAACUAAUUAUUCACUGAGUUCAAUUUGAUUUUCCGGAAGUUCUAAAAUCCAUGAAAAUAAUGUUGUAAACACUUUCAUUUAGCAGAUUUUGAAGAAAACUUCAAACCAAACCGUCAAGUAUGUCUCAAUCGAGAAUUCGUCAGAACUUCGCAGCGGAAUGUGAGGCCAUGCUGAACAAGCAGGUCAACAUGGAACUCCAUGCCAGCUAUGUCUAUCAGUCCAUGGCCACCUGGUUCCACAGAGAUGAUGUCGCCCUGAAGAACUUCCACGAGUACUUCAAGAAGAUGUCCAGUGAGGAGAAGGAGCACGCAGAAAAAAUUAUGAAGUACAUCAACAAGAGGGGAGGAAAUGUCGUUUUGCAGAAUGUUGAGAAACCACCGCAGGAGAACUGGGGAACGGGUCUGCAAGCGUUCGAGGCAGCGCUUCAACUCGAGAAGUCGGUGAACCAGAGUUUGUUGGACAUCCACAAGGUGGCCUCCAACUUCACCGAUCCACACCUGACCAACUGGUUGGAAGAUGACCUGCUGAAGGAACAAGUGGAAUCCAUCUACGAGAUGAGUUGCCACAUCACCAACCUGAAGAGAGUUGGGCCUGGUCUCGGAGAAUACAUGUUCGAUAAGAAAUCACUGGAUUGAUCAUUCGUACUGUGAACUAUGCACUCUUUACUGUGCACACGCAUAACCGUAUAUUAUGAAAUUUAACUAUAACAUUUUUUUUCAAUAUUAACCUCCAAACUUUCACUACUGUAUAAUAUGACUGUCUUUUGUAGAGAGAUUUUUGUAAAUGUUUCAUUUUUCUUUUCAUUUAAAUUUUUUACGGUUUUUACUGAUUUUGAUUCAUUCGUAAUACAGAGUUUUGAAAAAAUACAA